CGUGCGGUUGCCCACGGUGUGGCGUGUUCUGCUGCAGUCUGCUCCCUGCCGCCGCGGAGUAAACUACAUGGACGAGAGCGAGAGCCACCGAGCCGGAGCGGACUAACCGGGGCGCGCGCGCAGAGCCGCUCGGUAAACCACCGAGUGACCAAAUCACGGCAGGGGGGAAAACAACCCGUCCGUUUCACCGGGCAAAGGCUGUCCGUGAACUCAGUGCAGCAGUGCAUUGUGUGUUUGUGUGUGUGUGUGUGUGUGCGGCAGGGAGAGCUCGGCGGGAAUGGCUUCAUCUCCGUGCGGCAACAGUAACUUUGAUUCCGGUCUGGAAAUCAAAACUCGCUCCGUGGAGCAGACGCUUAUUCCUCUAGUAUCGCAGAUCACAACCCUGAUCAACCACAAAGACAAGCCAAAGAAGUCUGAGCGCACUCAGGCCGCCAUACACAGGGUGGGCCAGGCAGUGAGCGUGGCCGUGGGGCGCUUUGUCACCGUGGGCGAGGCCAUCGCCACGGAGAACCAAGAGCUCAAGGAUGAGAUGGGACAAGCUUGCUUUGAGGCACGCAGAGCAGGCGACACCAUAGCCCAGCUGACGGAUGUGGGGCCGGCCUUGCCGGCCCUGUCAGACGGACCUGUCACGGUGUUCAGCGAUAGGACGGGGAUGGUGAAGGCCGCCCGCUUGCUCCUCUCUUCGGUCACUAAAGUUCUGGUCCUGGCCGACCGCAUCGUCAUCAAACAGAUCAUCACAUCCCGCAACAAGGUCCUGGUUACCCUCGACCAUCUGGAAAGAGUCAGCACCUUCCAGGAAUUUGUACAGAUUUUUAGCCAGUUUGGCAACGAGAUGGUGGAGUUUGCUCACCUUACUGGAGACCGACAGAACGACUUGAAGGACGAGAAGAAGAAGGCACGGAUGGCAGCAGCCAGAGCAGUGCUGGAGAAAUGCACCAUGAUGCUCCUCACAGCUUCUAAGACCUGCCUGAGGCACCCGGAUUGCGAGUCGGCGCGGAUCAACAAGGACGCCGUGUUCCACCGGAUGCGCUGCGCCCUGGAGCAGGUCAUCGAGAUCGUCACAGAGGCACGGAGCUGUGGGGAGAACAAGAUCCUUCCCGCCAGCAUCUAUAACGGCAUCAACAACUUCAAGUCCAGCGUGGAGUGCCUGCGAGAAAACCUAAACUCCCCGUCCCCCCAGAGCAUAAGCAGCCACCUGGAGGCCCUGGUGGAGCGGACGGAGGACUUCACUGAUUCGGCCUACACCAGCCACGAGCAGCGUCAGGCCAUCCUAGGUCUGUGCCAGCUGGCGCGCCAGGAGGCCCAGCAGCUGGUGCAAGCCUGGGCCGAGGCGCAGUCCGUCCAUGCCAAAGAAGCCACGGAGGACAUGGAGGUGGCCAUCCUGAAGACGUGCCAGAGCGCCAGCGAGCUCCGACGCGAGCUUCAUAAGGUGGCAGUCAUUCGCGCCGCUGACUUGCUCAAAGUUCACGGGGAGCAGUUGCCUCUGCGGGCCCUCAAGGCUGCAGGCGCCGAGGGGAACCUGGAGGCAGUGGCGGAGUAUUCUCGCACACUCACUGAGCAGAAGGAGCAGCUGGUGGAGACGUGUCGGCUGCUGUGCCACGUGUCGGGCAGCGAGCCUCUGGAGAUCACCUGCAUCCACGCUGAGGAGACCUUCCAUGUCAUCGGUCCACAGAUCGUGUCGGCUGCCCAGACGCUGGCGCUCCACCCGUCCAGUAAGAUUGCGAAGGAGAACCUGGAGGUGUUCUGUGAGGCCUGGGAGUCGCAGCUUUGCGACAUGGCCCUGCUGCUGAGAGAGAUCAACGACGUCUUCGAAGGCAGGCGAGGAGACAAAAGAUCUUAUGUGUCACUUCCCAGACCCGGGAAACUCUCAGCUAACCUGAAGACGGCCAAGGCUGUAAAGUUGGACGCAGAGGAGCAGACCAGCAUGGCCAAGCAGGGCCUGGAGCUCCGCCUGCUGUCGUCAGACGUGGACGCGGAGGUGGAGAAGUGGGAGGAGCAGGAGCACGACGUCGUGCGACAGAGCCAGAGCGUGGCCAGCAUGGCCCACAACAUGUAUCUGUUCACCAGAGGGGAGGGCCUGCUGAAAACAACAGUGGAUCUUUUUCACCAAGCUGAGGUUCUCUCUGAAGAGGGACUCCAGCUGUGCUCGUCUCUCCGCACUUUUUCCACUCAGCUAGUUGAUGAGGAGAAGUCGUUGGUGAUGACAGAGAUGGAGAAAAUGUUGUCAUUGUGCCAGCAGCUGCAGCUGGGAGCCAGAAGCCCAGUACAGGGCAAGACUGCCACCUUCCAGAAGGUGGAUUCAUCCAUACAGACAACCAGAGGCAUCUUGACUGUGGUUCUCUCGCUUCUACCGACUUGCAACAAGCUCAGCAGAAAGUACAAGUCACAGAGGAGUAGCCUGGGGUCCCUGCAGGACUGGAGAGAGAGGCAGGACGCAUCCACGCCGGUCAAAGAAGAGGAAACUCUUGACAAGGACAGCAAUGGCUUUGGGGUCAAAUCUCUGGAGCAACACAUAGUCGGGCUUAACCUCCUCGAGAGCAAAUAAUCCAGAGAAUAGUCUCCUCCCUUGGACGAUGUUGUCCCUUGACGCAGCACAUAGCCAACCUCCCUUUUCUGCAGACCAUCGAUUUCAGGAAAUACUUUACUCCCCUCAACCCCAUGCACACACCACAGGGAGCUAGAGCAGUUUGUGGUGAAGAUGGAUGUCUCGAGUCAUUUAGAGAUUGUAUUAGUUGACUGGAUGAUGAAGUGUGAGCUUUACAGAGCUCGCUGUUCCCAGGGGAACUUUGAAUCCAGGGUCGCUUUGUUACCUGAAGCACCAGUUUCACACGAGGCCACAAGAUGGAGACAAUCAGCCAGGACCAUGACUUUGCAGUGAGGCCCCUCACUGAUUUCCAAGUAACUUAUUAUUGAUUCUCUGGAAGGUUAGUCAAUAAACUGAUCAGAAAUCAGGGAAAAAAAAACUCCUAUUAAUGCUCAGCUUAGCCAUACAUCCGUCUUCACUAUGUGCCUCUGUGUUACAAGCCCAAUUGCUUCGUGCCGUAUUGUAAACGUGUUGCACAUGGUGGCCAAAUUUGCAAUCAUCACCAAACCUUUGUGUUUGAGUCUCUUGUGGUCUGUGUCAUGAGCUUGUAAUGUUGACACUUUUUCUGUAGUGUUAGAGAUAGUGGUACAUUGUGUCUGGUUCACCUCACUUGGUUAAAUUAGUAUUUAAAAAGUCAACCACACCAUAUGAUUAAUGACUACUUUUCAUACAGUGUUGUGGAACGCUAGACCUGUUAUUAAUCAGUUUAAUGCCAAAUAUGAUUAUUCUCAUUAGUAAACUACAAUUUUCAGCUUGCUACUAGUGUGAAAAAAUAAAGCUCUAACACAUCCAGUUUAAGUGACUGGAUGGGCCUGGUUUCUCUCCAAAAGUGUACCACUAAGAUACUUGAGGGAUGCCAGAAGCUUUCUUUAUGCUGUCCUGUUAUUAAAUCAGUGUUGUUACAUGCAGUCUUUAACAAAAAACAAACAUAAUUCUGAACUGGUACCGGCGUCAAUUGGAGUGUAUUUGUUAUGAAGACUAUCAUUGUGAAGCUGCCUUUAAGGCCAAUUUGUAAAUGGUGUAUGGUAUCUAUAAUAUGGUACUUGAAGAGAGCGCGCGGGCACACACACACACACACACACACACACACACACACACACACACACACACACACACACACACACACACACACACACACACACACACACACACACACACACACACACACACACACACACACUCCCCUAAGGUAAUGACUUUGGUACUAGAUGAGGUGUCAUAAUGCCCGAGAUGAUUAACAUACAUUAAGCUUAAGAGAUGCUCUGUACAGUGUGAGAGCAGCUGGGGAUGCCAGUCAUUGUAGUUGCGCUAAAGAUGUGAAGAAGAAAUAUUUGAUCUAGUUUUGGACCAUCCAUUCUUUUGUCAAUUGAAAGGUUAAUGAAAGUGACACAAAAAAAAAUAAACAAUAUUUUUCUUAAA